AUGUUCAAGCGUACCUUCAGCACUAGUCUCAAGGUGCUGCAACUUGCGCCCAAGCCGCCUGCGGCUUCCCAUGCCGAGUUUCUGGCCAAGUACUACCCACGAGAACUCAUCAAACCCAUCCAACUGGCCGAGUCCGUGAUCCCGGCCGACACCAAAUUCCAGGUCUCCGACAAUGUCGAAUUCGCACCUUCGUAUCUCGAGGAUUUCUCCAAGCUAGACGCCUACUGGGAUUACAAGCCAGGCACGGCACAUGUGCACUCUUUCGGCGCCUCUACACAACACACAUUCGACAAUGUGAGCCAGCCCCUGCCCAACGGCCGAGAAAUUGCGCCAGGGGCCUCGCUCCCCCGAACCGAAAACUCUAGGGCCUCUGCGGCUGCAGACAUCGCUAGAGGUCUACAAAGACAAACCGGGAUCGACCCUGAGUAUGUCACUCGCAAGCUCACCAUGCGCCCGCUGGUGAUGAAGAGGGUAUCGAACCAAACGGGCAAGGGUAAGAUCCCCAGCUUUUACGCUUUGGUGGUCGUUGGUGACAAAAACGGUAUGGUCGGUUUAGGUGAAGGAAAGUCCAGGGACGAAAUGUCGAAAGCAGUCUCCAAAGCACAUUGGGAUGCCGUGCGUAAUCUCAAAGAGAUCCCACGCUACGAGAAAAGAACCAUUUAUGGUGAUAUCGAUCACCGCUACCACGGUGUCAAGCUCUUUCUAAGAUCCGUCAAGCCUGGUUUUGGUCUGAGAGUGAACCACAUCAUCUUCGAAAUAUGUGAAUGUGCUGGUAUCAAAGACUUGAGUGGCAAAGUUUACAAAAGUAGAAAUGAAAUGAACAUAGCCAAGGGAACCAUCGAGGCCCUCACUCAGUCUCAGAAAACCUUGGACGAAAUAGCACUGGGGAGAGGCAAGAAAGUGGUUGACGUUAGGAAGGUUUACUAUUCCAGUUGA